AUGUAUCCUGCUUGGUUGCAGGCAUCUUACUACAGUUCGAUUCCACAUGAUGAAGUGAACUGGGCUCAGCUUGCGCAGCAAUGGAUUGCCAUGCGUCAGACAGAAGAUUCGAACAAUUUCUCGCAUCCUCGAGUACCUUCGCCGUUUCCUCGGUUACCCCCGCCGCCGGUCAGUCACACUUCUACGCCGUUGACUCCGGCGUUGCCCACUCCUGCUCGGUUCUUCGAAGGUAAUGUUAUAAGCUGUUUGCUGUUGUGUUGUUGCGUUAUAUGCUAAAU